UCACCUUUUUCCUCUUCCUCGCGGACCUCGCCUCUCCUCUCCUCCCCUCCCCUCCCCACGCCUACCCAACAUCCGCGCCACCAUGCUUGCUCCAGCCGUCUACUAGGUUCGCUGCGCGGGAGCCUGGGUCCCCCGCCUCUCCCCGCCCCGCCAUGUUUGGAGUCUCGGCCGUCGCCGCCUGGAGCCUGCUCGCCGCGGCUUGAUUGAUUGGCUCCGCCAUUUUUCCUCUGGGUUUUCUAGUCAUUUGCACGAAAAGCAAUCUGCCGCUUUAAGCAAGAUAACCCAUGCUUGCUGUUAACUUAGGGAACUAUAAGUGGUGAUUAAAUGGUUGAUCAAUAUUCGGUGCUUCUUUGAGGAUGGACGUUUUGACAUGGAUGCUAGAACCACUCUUUUUUGUUUCUGAAAAAAUGGUCUAUGAGUUGCCAGAGGCAUUUAUCAUAUUGUGAAAUUAAACUUUGGUGAUUCUGAUCCGGAAAGGGAGAACGUGUGAAUUACAGACAUACGUGAUGUCUGGCUUUGGUACAAAUUCAGCCAUGGGUUCUUCGUCUCUCCCUUCUAGAGUUGUGUAUAACACAGGUAACGAUUUGCCGGUGGAAUACAUAUAUGACCAGGGUCUUUCUUAUCCAGCUACAAACGGAUAUGCUUACUAUGGAGGAUUUGAGCCACCUGUUGGAUGGAGUGAAAACACUAAUUAUUGGGGGGUAGAUGGUCAAUAUCUCCAACUGACGAACGACAAUCUUCCUUAUGUGUAUUGCACACCUGGCUAUGAAUUCUCUUAUUCUUCACAAGAUCAGUACACUUCCUAUAUGCCUGGCAUGUUCAUGGGAGUUGAUGGCUCAGUUGUAGGAAGUCAGCAGUAUUUCACUAAUCCAUAUCAGCCUCCUGGCUCGCCAUCUGGUUACUUCCCAGUAUAUCUCCAGCCCACCACAGAUUUGAGCUCAGCCGUUUCUUUGGAGCCUCCUGUAUUCAGUACUGGCACAUCUGUUGCUAGUUGGCCUGCUAAUACUAGCAUAAAAGAUACACAUCAAAUGUCUGGAAAUACAAUGGCUUCUCGGACUGUCCCUUCUGCAAGUCCAGCUAUUGGUUCCUCCCAUCGUGCUUACCAGAAUCAAAGCACGAAUAAACCUUCUGAUCUGCCAGGUGCUAAUGUGGCGAGGCAUGACAAGCCUUCAACCUCACAUUUGACAGUUCUGGUUGAUACUGACAAGAAGUUUCAGGCUGCUUCAGGUAUGGGGAGCUCUGGGGACAAUGGACAAAUUACAGACAGGGCAGAAGUUGCGCCAGUGGCUGCCAUGGUGGGUGAAGGUGCCCAAUCCAAAGCAGUGUCAAGCAGUGCAGUGAAAAACAUUGUGAUACAUCCUGACCAAUAUAAUAAGGCCGACUUCCCUUGUGAUCAUCCAGAUGCCAAGUUUUUUGUCAUUAAAUCUUACAGUGAGGAUGACGUGCAUAAGAGUAUCAAAUAUAAUGUGUGGUCCAGCACACCCAAUGGCAACAGAAGGCUGGAUGCUGCCUACUCAGAAGCAAAAGGGAGUCAACAGAAGUGUCCAAUAUUUCUGUUCUUUUCGGUUAAUACAAGUGGGCAGUUUUGUGGUGUUGCUGAAAUGGUUGGUCCUGUGGAUUUUCACAAAGACAUGGAUUUCUGGCAGCAAGAUAAGUGGUCUGGGAGCUUCCCACUGAAGUGGCAUCUAGUAAAGGAUGUGCCGAAUUCCACCUUUCGACACAUCAUAUUAGAGAACAACGAGAACAAGCCUGUUACCAACAGCCGAGAUACACAAGAGAUACCUUAUAAGUCGGGAAUAAACAUGCUAAAGCUAUUUAAGAGUAGUCCAAUGACGACAUCGAUUCUUGAUGACUUCCCUUUCUAUGAAGGGAGGCAGAAAGCAAUGCUAGAACAGAAGCACAGAAGUUUGGGCAGAAGUUUCGGUGGACUUACUUAUGUUCCAGCACUUGUUGCUAAAAGGAGUGUUGUUGUAGAGGGUGAACCUUCUGAAGUAGGUGAAGGCAUUAGCAGCAAAGAUCCACAUCCAGGGAAAACUGGACAGGAUAGUGGUGCUUGUGAGCAACCUGACAAGACAAGCCAAACGAAAGAUGGAGUGGUUACACAAGUACUGAAAAAGGAUGCAGUAUCACCUGUUGAGCAACCUGAGCAUGUAAAAACAGAACGGCAUAGCUUAGAUGAUAUUCAUCAACAGAAUGAGGGCUGUUCCGUUUCUGUGUCACCAGAAAAUGCUGGAAGGGAACAUGCUGGCUUGAGCGAACUGGUAAAAUCUAAUGGAAAAGUUUAUAGUGACCGUGAAUCACAACCUGUUAUAAGCUCAACUGAACCCAAUAGUUCUGGACGAAAAGGUCUUUCUCAGGAGCUUGGUGGUCACGACCCAUCAGAUCGCACGAAAGGCGGUGCAUCUGGGAUAAUGAAGGAUGUGAAGGCUACAUUGCUCAAGAAACUAGAAGGCUUAUCAACUAGCCAUACGGAUGGGCAAGCAAAAGGCAUUGUUAACGAGGCUCCAGCUGGUGUUGUUAAGGUUGGCUCGGUGCACAUCAAACUAAAUGUGGCGGGGGGCUCGUCAUCUGAGAUUAUAGGUGAUGGUUCUCUUGAGCUGAAGGGAGCAGAACAUAUUGAGCAGGGCAUCUCAACAAAACUGAGUUAAGGAGCAACUAAUUUCCUUUUAUUUUCUGGGUGUUGUGACAUGUUAGUUUAACAUCUCUGUUUGUGUUGGUCGGGUUUAGCUGCUUUUGCUUAUGGCUACUGCAGUUGCUUUUUCAGCUUGACGACUGACAGCUUGACAUCAUGGUUGGUUUGGUUUGGGUAUAGCUCCUUUUUUGUUUCAUAUUCUCCAACAAGUGGUCAUAGAGGUAUUUAUGGUGAGGGAAAAUCGUUUCUGUUGUUGUGUUGGUCCUCAUCAGCAGAGAAGGCAUUUGGCAUUAUUGGGUGAAAUGUAAUCAUGUUUUUAUGGUACCAAUAUAUGGAUAUCAGUUGGUGACUGCUGAUGGCCGGCAACUGUGUUAUCUUUUACAGUAUAUAAUUGUUUAUUUUA